AUGGAUACUACAAAUUCAAUAAAUUUAACACCGGAACAACUCGAGACUGGUUUAAUUAAUGGUACACUUGAUAAGCUAGCUCUUGAAAAUCUUUUAACAAAUAAUAUUCAUGAAAAUGAAAAUAUCGACGCAUUAAGUCAAUUUUUUAUACAAUACAUUCCAGGAAAUCGAACUAUGGAUGAAUUUAUUAAACAAAUUCAAGAAUAUAAUAAUGCACAAAUAUGUGGUUUAGUUUGGAAUGCAAAUGUUAUUGCAUACCGAUGUAAAACAUGUUCGAUAUCACCAUGUAUGAGUAUAUGUGCUCAAUGUUUUCAAAAUGGAAAUCAUGAAGGACAUAAUUAUAAUAUGUUUAGAAGUCAAGCCGGUGGUGCAUGUGAUUGUGGAGAUUCCAGUGUUAUGCAUGAAUUUGGAUUUUGUCGUUUUCAUGGUGAAGAUCGUCCUCAAAUGCAAACAGUACCACGUAACUUAAUUUGUUGUGCAGAAUUACUCAUUCCACAUUUACUAAAAGUCUUCAUUCGUGCAUUACGUAUGAGUCAAGUUAGUGGUGAUAUUGUAACAGAACAAAAAUUAUUGGAAAUACUUAAUCAAUUAUCAAAUGGUGGUUCAGCUUUACAAUUAUAUAUAACAAAUGCAUUAACUGAUAGAACACUUUAUGAAGAAUUUACUAGUGAUUUAUCAAUGAAUAGAAUGUAUCAUAAUGAAUUUUUAACUGGUGAAUAUUCAAAUCUACCCGUAACAUUUUUUGUUGAAUCCUUAAUUAAUGAUUCAUCAUCAGAUGGUUUAGUACCAUUUGAUACAAGUUUACGUACAAUGCUUGAUGAAAUAAUGAUGUGGUGUGUUACAGCAAAUUUACCAGAAGAUCUUGUACGAUUUUUACUUAGUUUAUUACCUGAUUUUAAUUUUAAACUUACAUUUACAGAAACAUUUUUACGUUUCUAUGGUGUUAUAGCUCAACAUCUUGUUGAGGAAUCACUUCACGAGCAAAGUGAAAUACCACCACGUCUUGUUCAUAUUAGUGUACAAUUAUUUUCUUCGAAUAUUAUUGCUGAAUAUGCUAUGGAAAAAUGUCAUUUAAUUGAAGUUAUACUUUCAUGUAUUUGGCAUAUGUUUGUCCCAGCCUUAGAACAAGAUAAACAGGAUGAUGACGAUGAUGAAAAUAUACUUAAAAUACAUCCAUUAGCAUCAAUAACCGAUGAUUCUUCAGCUACUGGUAUGGUUGUAGAUGUUGAACAUCGUUUAAUAGUUAAAAAUGUUUAUUGGCCAUUAUUAAGUGAUUUUGUUAAUAUUUUAUCUCAAGAAAAAAUUGCUUUAAUAAUUCUUGAAAAUAAAAGAUAUUUUAAUUUAUGGUUACGUUUCCUAACAUUAUUUCAAGGUAUGAAUAUUAAUGAACGUAUAUUAAAUGAACAUGUUGAAUAUGAACCACAAGCAUAUAUGUAUGCAUUUACAAUUGAACUUGAAAUAAGUGCUGCAGCUAUGUGGUGUUUUGUUAAUCAUCUUAAGCCAACUUAUUCAUCGGAUAAUUUGAUUAGUAUUAUUAAACAAAUUAUAGAUAGUAUUAAUGAUUGGUUGCAAUCAUUAAAUUUUCAAUUGAAUAAUACUGAUCAUUGGAAAUUAUCAUUUCAUUUGCCAUUACAUCGUUAUUUAUCUGUAUUUGCCUAUAAUGCUAUUUAUAAAUUUAAUAUUGAUCCAGCUUUAUUUUUACCAAUUCAUGAUCAAAAUACAUUAUUAAAUUUUAUGUUUCAUCCAUUGAGAACAAUUUGUGGUUAUUAUGAAGUUUUAUCGAAUAUUUGGCUUCGAAAUGGUCAACAAGUGAUGAUUCAAGCUAAAACUUAUGCAAAAAGUGCCUUUUUAUCCUCAAUGCAUGAUGCAGAUUUAUUUCUUUUACAAUUACUCUCAUGUUAUAUUGAACCAAAUAUAUUCAUAGAAACUUUACUUUCCAAGUUUCAUGUUUAUUCAUGGUUAUUUGAUUCAAAUAAUACAUCAAAUCUAGAUCAAGGACAUCAAAUAGCCAUGUUAGAAAGUACAUUAAUAGCACUUUGCGCAAUUGUUGGUUUUCAACCGAAUAUAGCUGUUCGAGAAAAUAGACGAAUUCGUCCAGAAAUGAUAGCAACAUUAUCUGUGGCUGAUCGGUUAUAUAGUGAAGUUGAAGAAAAUGUUCCUGAUCCAUCACCAAUGAGUGCCAAUCGAAAAGAAAUUGAAACUAUUCUUGAAGAAGUAUCUGUUUUUCAAACACCUUCUGUUGAAUUAAUGGGUCAUUUACAACAAGGAAAAUAUACAAUUAAAGGUACAUUAUUCGAAACUGAUUAUGAUCCAUUACAUGUAUUAAUACGUUGUACAAAACGUGCACAUUUUCAAAAUUCACUUGAACGUUUUACAAACUAUGUUAAACAUGAAGGUUUAUUUAAAUCCGAUUAUCCUAUUUGGCCACCAUUUCGCAUACCUAAAUAUGAUCAUCCACAAAUGUCAAAUGUUCAAAAUAUUUUACAAUCAAGUGUAUUACAUCAUUUUCUAUUUCUAUGUUUAAAUGCCUAUUUAAAAGAUAAAACUAUUACAGAAAAUAUUCUAUAUUUUACAAUAUAUCUACUUGAAUUAUCAAUUCUCAACGGUAAAGAUACUUCGCCUAUGACAACCGAUGUAAAUCCAGAAGAAACUUUAACAUUUAAAACAAAUGAUAUUUUUCAAAAUAUGCAUACAUUAUUAACACCACCAAAUGAAAAUGAAACUGAAAGUAUAAUUACACUUCUAUUUAAAAUUCUUCAUAAACAACGUUCCAAUGAUUUUAUUGGUAUAAUAAAUAAUAUAUCUAUUCAAUUAAAAACUUCCAAUUAUAAAAAUAUAUCACGUAUUGGUGAUGGUUAUUAUUUUCUUACAAAUAUUUUACAUUUAUCAUCACAAAUGAAUGAACAAUGUCGUUUAAUAAUUGAACAAGAAAUUGAAAAACUUAAAACUCAAUAUCAACAACGACAAUCAACAAAUACAAAAUUAUCGGAUUUAACAGCUGAACAAAAACGACAACGAGCAAAAAAUCGUCAACAAAAAUUACUUGCAGAAAUAGCACAAUCACAAAAAAAAUUUAUUAGUCAACAAAAUCCCGAUGAACAUGCAAUGCAUAUUGGUACACCACCAUCAUUAACUAAUGAUAAUUUUUCAAUGGAACAAGCAAUGACAACAACAACAACUGCACAUACGACGAUUGUCAUGGAACAUUCUAUUGAUUAUGAAUGUUGUGUAUGUCGUUUAACAAAAAGUGAUAGUCAAUCACCAAUUGGUCUUAUUGGAACAUCAUGUUUAUCACUUUUACCUAGUCUAGAAUUUACUCAACUAGAUGAAUAUGAACAAAAGAUCUUAUCAUAUAAUUCGAAUAAGAUUACUCUUGAAACAUAUUUACAUUUAACAAAACAAUGUUUAACAACAAUUAGUGGACAUCCAUAUAUUGCGAACUAUUGUCAAAAUGAUCAUCAUCUUCGUUCAUUAUUAAUUCAAUCAUGUGGUCAUUCAAUUCAUGUUGAUUGUCUGUCAUCAUAUCUUAAAGCAUUACAUCCGAAUCAAGAAGCAGUUGAACAGCCUUUCAAUAAUGUUCUUCCAUCUAAUACGAAUUUUCGUUGUCCACUUUGUCGACAAUCAGCGAAUACAUUAAUUCCAUUAUUUGAUCAUAAUGAUUAUUUAAAUACACAAAUUAAUCCAAUAGAUUUAACACCUAUUGAACGACUACAUCAAUCAAUGAUAAAUCCUAUACGUCCUAAACUUAAACGAGUAUUUGAUGAUAGAUGUUUACUUGCAUUUCUUUCUGGUCUUGCAGCUAAAUGUGUAUCAAAUGAACAAUUAUCUCCUGAUAAUCCAAUUUCAUUACCCAAUCAUCAAUCAAUGAAACAACGUGCAGCUGAAUUUGAUUGUGGAACAUUAAGAGCUCAACUUGUUCAUGAACAACUUUUUUAUGAAAGUGCUAAUAGAAUUGAUCAAAAAAAUAUUCGAAAAUCAUUUUAUAAAAUUCUUCAUGAUCUUCAUCAUUUGGGUUAUUCAUUUCAUCAUCAACAUCUAUGGCAAGAAUUAACUGGACUUCAAUGUCCAACAACAACAGCCGAAGUAUUCCAUCCUGAACAAACAUUAGCACCAGUACUUUUACGUGAUUCAAUCACCAUAUUACUUCAAUUAUUGAUGAGUGCACCGAUUAACUUAACCUGUGAUGAAUUUGAUAUCAUUGUUCAAAUUGUAUUUAAUAUUGAAUUUUUUAAAAAUCUUCUAUCAAUAAUUAUUGAACAGUCUGCAGAAAAUACAGAUUUAGGAGAUUUAAAUAUAUUCAUGCAUUUAGUAACAAAAUAUGUAAAAGAAAGUGGUAUCAAUGAACAAUUACCAAUUAAAAGAACAAUGGGCAAUUCAUUUGAAAGUCAACUAAUGAACAGUUGCUUAGAUUUUUUUAAAAUUACUUCAUUAAUUAAAUAUCGAUUAUAUGCAAAAGAAAUGCCUUGGAUAACGGGUGAAGAACCUUCCGUAUUAGCAUUAGCUAAUUUUCUCAAUUUAAAUUUGAAUUUAAAUGGUUUAGCUAUGCCACAAUGGUAUUGUAAUGAACCAGUGAUAUUAUUUACAAAAUGGUUAAAAGAAUUUCAAAACAGUGCUCAACAACAUAGUAUUGCAACAAAAAUAUUAUGUCUUAAACGUCCACAUUUUUCUCCUCCAAUAUUUAUUGAUAUACCUGCUAAAUACGAUGAUGUAUUUCAUUUAUUUAAUGAAUAUCGUUGUGAAUAUUGUAAAAAAGUUUCAUCUGAUACAUUAUUAUGUCUUAUUUGUGGUGAAGUACAUUUAAAACGUUGGCAUCCAUUAUGUUGUGUUCAACAACGACAAAGAUUUACUGAACAUCUUGGUAAAUGUGGUCAUCCGGCUGCUGUUUUUCUUGAUAUUCCAACAACAUUAAUUACGAUUUGUUUAAAUGAAUCAUAUGGAUAUUGGCAUUCACUUUAUCUUGAUCAACAUGGGGAAGAAGAUCCUAAACUUAAACGAGGUAAAACUUUAUAUUUGGAUUCAAAACGUCUUGCUGUUCUUCGAACAUUAUGGUUAACAGCAACAUUUGAUUAUCAAAUUCAAAAUUGGUUUUCGUACAAUCCAUUGAUGAUUAGUCAUUUUGAUGUAUUAUUGUGA